AUGUCCUCCAUCCUCAUCCCACACCGGGAGAUGUCUGCUGUCCUCAUCCCAUGCCUUGGGAGCUUGGCCAUCCUCGUCCCACUCCGGGAGAUGUCCACUGUCCUUGUCCCAAUCCGCAGGAGCCUCGCUGUUGCAUUCCCACACCACGGGAUGUUUGACCUCGUCUCCCAGAACAGAGGUUCCAGUGCCUCCUGUGGCCGCAGCCAUGGGACCAUUGCCCCCACCUCAUCCUGCAGCUCUUGCCUUUUACGUUCUUACCCUCUCAUCCUCUCUCUUCUCUCGGGCCUGCUCCGAGCUGCAGCUGGCAGCUCCCAGCAGGGCCCUGCACCCACGCCCUUUGCAAUAAACCGCAAGUUCCACGACCUGGCUUCAGAGAUCUCUCGUCUCCGUCCGUCCCGACCGUGCUACCUCCGUCUCGCCUACACCCCCCUGAGGCAGGAAGGUGUCCGGAGAUCCAGCCGGAGCUCAGAGCUGGUGGAGAACCCUCAUGACAGGGAGAAGCCACACAAGUGCUUGGAAUGUUGGAAGGGUUUCAGCCACAGCUCCAGCCUGAUGGAACACCAGAACAUCCACACUGGGGAGAGGCCCUGUGAGUGUGGGGAAUGUGGGAAGAGCUUCAGUGAGACCUCUGAUCUCACCAAGAACCACAAGAUCCACACUGGGGAACGGCUCCAUGAGUGCUUGGAAUGUCACAAGAGCUUCAGGUGGAAUUCAGAGAUUGUCACUCACCAGCACUUCCACACCAGGGAGAGGCCCUGCAAGUGUCCCGAGUGUGGGAGGAGCUUCGUGCACUGCUCCAGCUCCAUCCCCCAUGGGAGGAUCCGCGCUGGAUGAUCCCCAGUGAACCCCGUUGGGCAGAGCCCUGGUGACCCCCGAUCCGGGUGAUCCCCGUUGGGUGGGGGAAGGUGUUGGAGAGAUUUCUUUGCCCUCUCCUUGUGCUGCUGUGAUUUGCUUGGUAAUAAAUUCCCUCCGUGUGCCCAG